CGCCACGUUAACAAGUCAGCUCAAUCAUCUGCCACGUCUGCUUCCAAAUUUUCUUAAUUUUGGGCAUGCGAGACGUACAUACACAACUGUGGUUUCGAUUCGAGACGAAGAUCUGAUUUUUUUCUUCUCUUUCAGUUUCUUCUGUGAGAACAGUGAGGUGGAAGACGAAAUCAUGUUUUUGUUCGAUUGGUUCUACGGAAUCUUAGCUUCGUUAGGGUUAUGGCAGAAAGAGGCGAAGAUCUUGUUUCUCGGACUCGACAAUGCCGGCAAAACCACGCUACUUCACAUGCUCAAAGACGAGGUUGAUGCUGUUGUCUACCUCGUGGAUGCUUAUGACAAGGAGAGAUUCGCAGAGUCGAAAAGAGAGCUAGACGCUCUUCUAUCAGAUGAAGCACUUGCAACAGUCCCGUUUCUGAUUCUAGGAAACAAGAUUGAUAUCCCUUACGCAGCCUCGGAAGACGAGCUUAGGUAUCACUUGGGUCUCACCAACUUCACCACCGGUAAGGGCAAAGUGACACUUGCAGACUCCGCUGUUCGUCCGCUCGAGGUCUUCAUGUGCAGCAUUGUCCGCAAAAUGGGAUACGGCGAGGGAUUCAAAUGGCUUUCACACUACAUCAACUAAAGACAUCAUCAUCAUCAUCAUCAUCAUCAACAUCUUUUUAUUUUUUCUUUAUAUAUCAAACCAAUCCCCAAGAACAAUUCCGUAGAAUUUGUCUUUUCUUUUAGCUAAGGGCAUUUUAUGAAUGAGGAUGUCACAUCCUUCACCUAAAAGACAUGAAAGACUCUUAUCUCCUUUUUUGGUUUUUUUUUUUAUGACUUUCUAUUUAACUUUGGUGGCUUGCUUUUCCCAACUUGUUCAUGUGUCCACAUUUUUUGUCAACGGCUUGUGUUUUAUUCAAUCAAAAUUGGUUCUUUCGGAUGAUUAAAU